GAACGAAUCGAAAUCGUUUCUAGAGAGAGAGAGACGAAACGAUGUCGUAUCUUCUACCGCACUUGCAUUCCGGCUGGGCUGUUGAUCAAGCGAUUCUAGCUGAGGAAGAGCGUCUCGUGGUCAUACGUUUCGGCCAUGAUUGGGAUGAAACCUGUAUGCAGAUGGAUGAGGUGCUGGCGUCAGUUGCUGAGACGAUAAAGAACUUUGCGGUUAUAUAUCUGGUGGACAUAACUGAGGUUCCAGACUUCAACACCAUGUACGAGCUCUACGAUCCUUCGACGGUUAUGUUCUUCUUUAGGAACAAACACAUUAUGAUCGAUCUUGGAACUGGUAACAACAACAAGAUCAACUGGGCUAUGAAGGACAAGCAAGAGUUUAUCGAUAUCAUCGAGACCGUCUUCCGUGGUGCAAGGAAAGGUCGUGGGCUCGUGAUUGCUCCAAAAGAUUACUCCACCAAAUACCGCUACUAAUCGGUCUUUCCAACACGUUGCCCGUUGGAGUAUGUUAAAAAAAACAUUGGAUCAAAACUCUUUCCAUGUUAGAGUUGUUCUGGUCAAGGUGAAAUAUCCUAUGAACUUGUUGCAGGUAUGCUUUGAUAUGAUUUGUGAUGCUUACUCUUUUCGGCUGUUUGGCCAUUUAUAAUGUAUGCAGUUGCUUCAAACAUGAAUAGCCGAAAUGAAUGUGUUUAUGUUUAACGUGUA